AUGGAUCAGUCACGCCGUGCGAGACUCGCUCUCGCCACGCUUAUUCCUCUCCUGACCGGGGCCAAUGCAGCGCUCUAUGACACUGUCAUCGACACGCAGUAUGGUGGUGUUCAAGGCUACCCAGCCUUCACCAGCGAGCCGGCCGGUAACCUAACCCAUUGGAAAGACAUUACCGUCUGGAAGAACAUCCCCUUUGCCGCCACCACCGGGGGUCAAAACCGCUGGAAGGCACCCCAGCCCGUCAGCGCUUGGAACGGCACCCGUGAUGCGAAGUCUUUCGGAAACGUAUGCCCGUCGGCCACCCAGGGCAGCUCCGAAUAUACCAUCGACGAAGACUGCUUGAACCUCAACAUAUGGAGUCCCGCCAACUCGACGGACGCAAAGCUCCCGGUUGUCAUGUGGAGCUAUCCCGCUCUGUCGACGGCUGCGGAUGCCCUCUUCGAUGGUGGCGGCAUGGCUGACCAGGGUAUCGUUUUUGUGAACUACAACUACCGCACAGGCUCAUUCGGCUGGAUGGCGCACCCGGAGUUGUCGGAGGAGUUCUACAAGGUGACCGGAUCCAACAGCUCCGGCAACUGGGGCAUGCUCGACCAAUUUGCAGCGCUCAAGUGGAUCCAUGAGAACAUCGCCGCGUUUGGCGGUGAUCCCGAACACAUCACGGUUAUGGGCCAGUCUGCUGGGUCGGCUGCCACCCAGCACAUCCUCAACAGCCCAUUGACCAAGGGCCUGAUCGUCGGCGCCAUCAUCGAAAGUGGAGUUCGGGAUCCGCACGAUCCCCUCUGCACCAGUCUGGCGGAAGGCUACAGCACAUUGGAGGACCAGCUGGCCCAGGGAGAACGCUUCAUGGCCAGCUUGAACUGCAGCUCCAUCGCCGAGAUGCGCGAACUGCCCAUGGAGGAUCUCGUCGUGUCGGGCGGAACAUUCGGCAGCACCAGCGAAUGGAGCUUCGGGGCCACUUUGGACUACUACGCAAUGCCGGACACCUACUACAACACGCUCAUCAAGGGUCUGGCGCAGGACGUGCCUGUCAUUACGGGCAACACCAAGGACGAAAGUGGGGCCAGCUACGGCCUGAACCUCACCGUGUCCGAGUACCUGGCAGACAUGAACGAGACGUUCAGCGAGCCAUGGCUCUCUCGCUUUCUGGAGCUGUAUCCCGGAAACACCACACGAACCGCCCCGGGAGCCUACAACUCCCAGUGGACCGACCGGUCCAAAGUGGGCACUUGGCUGUGGGCACAGCUCUGGGCGACCGCGAGGACCAGUCCUGUGUAUACCUACUUCUGGGACCACGCUCCCCCAGGCCAGGACCAGGGCGCGUACCACGAAUCCGAGAUUAACUAUGUUCUGAACAACCUGUACGGCACGGACCUGCCAUGGACGGCGGCCGACUACUCCAUCGCACGGAAGAUGAACGGAUACUGGGCCAACUUCAUCAAGACGGGCAAUCCCAAUGGAGGAUCCCUGACCCAGUGGCCUGCCACGGGAGAGAACGCGAAGGUGCAGCAUGUGGGUGAUGGAUGGGGAGAGAUUCCGACCGCAUCUGAUGCCAAGGUGAAGCUGUUUGAGGAGUGGUUCGACACACUGAAGACUUACUAA